AUGGCGCCAGCAUCCUCUCUUUCCAAAUACCUCGACCUCGAUGACCUGAAAUUCUCUUCCCUUGAACUUGACGCCCGCUCGGCAGCAGAACUCAGCACAAGCGCUUUCAGAAAACGAGAUGCCUCCAACAUACUCUCCCCGAUGGACACCUUCAAAGUCCUUACUGCACGGGAUUCAAAGUCUACUGACCAUUUCAAUCCAGGAGCUGGAUCUGUUUCUCCAGACGACAUCAACAUGAAAGGUCUUCAAGCUCUCUUCGCUAUCAUUGGGGCGGCUUUCGUUCUAGGAGCGAUCUGGUUCUUCUUCUGGGCCAAAAACGGAGGAUUCAAAUUUCGCAAAGGAGACUGGGAAGAAUACAAAUCUACCGUCCUUCGUCGAAAAGGCCCUAACGGUACCACACUAAGCAACGCCACGAAGUCGACAAUUCUAGGUGGUGGAAGCGUUGUCGGAGAUGGGUACUCUGACAAAGAUGCCUACACCAACGCAGACACAGACCGCAUGACUGAAACUAUGACGGUGACAGACAUGUCCUCCGAGGCCCCCAUCGUCAAGGAGAAGCAAUCCAAUAAAACCAAGAAGGAAACAGCCAAGGAACGCAAACUGCGAGAAAUCAAAGAAGCAACCUGGGAAGGAGGCCAUGACAAUGAUGUCCGCGCUUAUCGUCAUGAGAAACCAGCUCGCGUCGGUGGCUUGAACAAGGACUCUGACGCACAAUUCUACGGCACCGACUACACUGCAACCGAGCGUAGCACAAGUGACAUGCACAGCAACAGCGAGUAUAGUUCCAAUGCAUCUGCCGCUCAUCCUCCUCCACCCCCUGCUCAUCGAUCCAGACAAUCCAGUCCAGAAAAGCGACAGUUUCGGCGGGAUUUUUCAUACGGGCAGGAAGAUGGGUUCAGCGUAGGCGCGUCAGACGCACAGACAGGUGCAACCCGCCCUACGCGUUACGGUUCACCCAACAAGAACACAGAGUCACAGAGGCCGAUCCGCACUGUCCCAGGCUCCUAUACAUCGCCCUUGGACUUUGACGUGCAGAGCCAGAACACCAAAACCUACCACCAUCCAAUCUCCGGCUUGCAGGGUGGUAGGACUGGCGGCUACCGCCGAGAUAGGAGGGAUAGCUUGGACGACUGA